GUCAGAUUAGUCAACAAAACGUCACGGUUCAGGCGGGCUGCUUGAAAGUGUGGCAGCACCUCGGCAGGACAGUAAGACCGGAUAGUUUAAUGUUAUAGCUACAUAACUUUGGUCACAUUUCAAUCGCUGAAUGAAAAGACACCAGUUAGUUUAGACACUGACUGUCGACGAGUCGACCACCGGUAUUCCGCCUCGUUUUCCACCCGGCUAACGUUAGCUAGUUAGCCUCACUAGCUAACUUACUUUGGGGGAGACCGCUUGGCUGCAGCGAAUGCUACGUGAAUAAGUAACCUCUUUUUUUUUUUUUUUUUUUAAUCUUACGAGCUAUGGACAGACCAUCAAGGAAGACAAAGGUUGUGAAUUAUUGUGAUUCCCAAGACUUUGAUGACGACGAUGAGGACUUUGCCCGUGUGAAGGCGCCACCCAGCAAAAAAGCCAGGGAGGAUGUAAAACCACAGGAGCGCAAGAAACCAUCCAGCAAGUCCUCCAGCCAGGAGAGCAGCUCGGCCUCCACAGCGAGCCAGCAGAGCAGAAAACCGCUAGAGGAGAAGCUGUUACAGCGAGAUCUAGAAGCAGCCAUUACACUCUCCCUGCUCCAUGAAGCAGAUGGGAAGGAGAACCAGUCCCUCACCAGUAAUGACAUCAAAGGUGGACAUCCAGUAGAUGAAAACACAAAUCCAUCUUCACUGCACCUUUCCAACUGCAGUGUGAAUGUCACUCUUUUGGGUCUUGACAAGAUCACAGCAGAGCAGGAGUCAGGGGCCUCGUCCCGACAGAGGAAAGCUGCCUCCAAGGCCACCGAGCAGCAGAGAAGUAAGAUGAAGGACGAAGAUGAGGAUGAGGACUAUCAGCCCAAACUGACACCGGAUUCAGAAAGUGAUGAGGAUUACAGUGAACAAGAUGAGAGCGAGGACGAGGAAUUUACGGUGAAGAAAGCAAACAAAUCAACUAAGAAGGAAAAAGGAGCCAAGAAAGAGAAGAGCAGACAGCCUCCUGUCUCAAAGAAAGAAAAGCCUGCAAAGGCCAAAUCACAGCCAAAAGUGAGAAGUCCUCCUGCAGCCAAGCUGACAUCAGAGCCGAAAAGAGCAGCCGCCCCCACCACAGCUGCCACAUUUAAACCUGCAGCCUCUCUCAGCCCAGCAGGGGGCAGAAUACCCAAGUGGACUCCACCAGGUCAGAUCGGUAAAAGUCCCAGCUCGUCCCAGAGCGCAGCAGUAAGGUCUCCAGGUCAGGGUCUGCGCCUGGGACUGUCCCGCCUCGUUCGAGUCAAACCACUCCACCCCAGUGUUGCAAGUCACUGAGUGACUUGACUUGACCUCAGUGUGUGUGUGUGUGUGUGUGUGUGUGUGUGUGUGUGUGUGUGUGUGUGUGUGGUGGUCUCUUGUCCUCUGUUUUAAAAAACACAUGUAAAUAUUACAUUCAUUUUCUUAUUUUUACAAAUAUAAAGUGACUUCAAAAUAUGUUUUGGCAUGAUGCUUGAUGCAUGGCACUCAAAACUCUGGGAGCUCAUACACAAGGCGUCCAUUGAUGUAUUAUAUUUUCUCCAGGUGAAGCAAAAAGGUCGAAGAAUUGUCAUGAGGUGUGUUUUGUUCACUCGAGUGACUGAAAUCCUGGUUUAAUGCUGCUCUCAUGGUUUUUGCUACAGCAACUGUGUCAAAAAUUAUUUCAAAAUUUUUGCAUUUCUGUUAUCUUCCCCAAGCUCAACACAAACUGGUGAUCAUGGUACUCUUCUACCUGGUAUUUGAUUUAAAUUACACUAUUCAUCUGCCCUAAUUUUAUCAUCAAAUUGGCGUCCUUUUCCUGUAUUUGUGAGCAAACACUGUAUGCUGUGUACAUAUAUGUAUAAAAAUAAAGAAAAAAAAAGUUGAACCCAAAGUAGACACUACUUUGUUUCUAAUUUUUAAAUUCUUUUUCGCCCUAAUAAACUUGAUAUGAUGUCUUGAAACAUACUUCUUGUUUUGAAGCACUAAUUUGUAUUUCAGAUUAAAGGCUGUAAUGUUGCCAUGUACUGAGAGUCUGCAUAUUAAAGUAAUCUACCCCCAAAAAGCCAUUUCUGCUGUACAUGAAUCAGGUUUAGCUUAACUCAAUAAUUUACAGUACAAUUUUUAAAACUAUCUUCCAUGUCAAACAACUCCAAGGCUCAGAUAAACAGAUUUGGCCACGUCCCCACCAUAAGAUUUUUAUCCCAUAUACUUUUGUUUGUUAAGAGUUAGACCUGAAUUACAGAAGUGGUAAUAUUACAGAUAAGGGGGAGAGAGGCAGCUCUGACCCAAGAAGCCAUUCAUUUGCAUUCUCAUCAGAGUCAAGCAGAGAAAUUAAAAUAACGUGUGUCAUUUUGCUGGGAAUCCUUAGUAUGUUCAGGAUGAUUAGGAGCCAGGACGGCUGUAGGGGAAACCCAACUUGACUUCCCUCAGCUGAAAACCACUGUGAUUUUUUCAUUCUUGACUUGGUCUUUGUGACACUUUCCUUACCUCUGUGGUAUUUUUUAAUCUGUUAUAAUAAAUGUAGUAAUCCCACACUAUUUCUGUUAGGACUUCUAAUGUGCCUGGUGCUCAGCAGUGAAUGUAUAGUGAAUUUUGCACAACACAUGCACAACAAAGGAUCUCAGUGUACUUUGUGCCUCAUGGUAUUUUUCAUCACUGGCAUCACUGGAUGACAAAAACAUA